GUUCGUCGCGUGCUUGAAAAAAAGCCAUAAUGAACAUAUAACUUUUGAUUCUAAGUUAAAACAAACUACUUCUAACCGUAUUCAACGUUACACCCGCAUAUGCCGGGUGCAGAUGAAAGCGUAUUUGCAUGUGUUCACCUUGCAACACUGGUCGCUUGUGCCAUCGAUUGAAGCCGAACUUGUUGUUUUCCCGCCAUUAACCUGCAGACAUUUGUAAAGAAAUUAAAAAAGAAUUUGCCAUAUCACAACUAAAAUUAGACAAUGGUCGGCAGGCCGUGCAAGCUUUGUCGCUCCAGGGAUAAAGAUAACCUACGCCUCGGAAGCAUCGAAACACUUGGCGAAGUGUUGGUACAUCAGAAUUGUUUGUAUCUAAGCUCGAACCUUUGCCAACGAGGUGACGAUGACGAGGGCAUUUAUGGUUUUAUGGAAGACGAUAUAAAAAGAGAAGCUGAUCGCACUAGAUUCUUGCAAUGCACUUUCUGCUCUAAAUUCGGUGCCAACAUAGGCUGCUGCAAAAAGUCCUGCCACAAGACAUUUCAUACCGGCUGUGGCUACGACAAUGGCGUCCUAUAUCAGUUUUAUGGCACAUACAGGGCAUAUUGCCCAAAGCAUAUUCGUAUGCAUAACUUUCGUCCUGGACCUAAAGAGAUUUGCUUUAUAUGUUUGGAGGCCUUGGCCAUGGUGGGCGAGCGUUUCAGCAUUACCACAAUGAUAUUUUCGCCUUGCUGCGGAAAUGGAUGGUACCACAGAUCAUGCUUGCAGAAGUAUGCGAAUUCUGCUGGAUAUUUUUUCAAGUGCCCAUUGUGCAACGAUGCAUCUAAAUUUCACGAUGUUGCGAGGUGGGGCAUAACAAUUCAAAAUCGCGACGCGUCUUGGGAACUCGAACCAGGAGCGUUCCGUGAUCAAGCAUAUCGCCCUAUUUCGUGCACAGCGGAACUUUGUGUUUAUCCACGUGGCCGCAGCGUUGGAAAUUUGAAAUAUUGCUGUCUGUGCGGUGGUAAUCCGAUUCAUAAUACAUGCAACAAGCCCAAAUCAUCCGGCACAUACAGCUGCAGAGACUGCAAUAUAGUCUCUUCGGCGAAACCAUUAAACACAACUGGAAAUGAAACGCCUUCUGAUGAGCAUGAAGAUUAUAGCACCAUGGACUCAUUGGUUAGGUUCUCUCAUUUAUUAGGAAACAACAACGGCCGGGAUGGGAGUUUGCAUGAAUCCAUUCAUAUUGCGGGCAAAAAGCAAAUCGCUCCAUCCACCGAACCUUCAUCUGAUGAAGACUCUCCUGCCGAAUCCACAGAUUCUGAUAAAAAACCAAAAAAAAGUCGUAUAGAGCGCCGUUCGAUGGAAACAAAAAGUACUACUUCUCUAGAAAGUAAUGACGAAAUCGAUCCGCUUGAUUUAUAUUUCCCGCACUCAAAUACUGACAGCGUUAAAAAACAGGUGCCAGUCGACGAUAUAAGCAGCGAUGAGUGUGACCCGCUCGACAUGGAAUUCCCUAUGCAUGUUAUGAAAACCAAAGACAACUUAAACCCUAACAAAUGCUUAAUACAGAACAAAACAUCAUCGUCUACUUCCUACUUUUGCGGGGACGAUAAUAAAGAAAACAUUAUUGGUUCGACAAAACUAUCACAUGCCCAGUACCAUGAACAAAGUCAGCGGGUACAAACGAACAAAUUACGUCCUGAGUGUGCGCUUCAUGUAGAUGUCGAAAUAAAUAAAGCUGUUCCUUCAAUAGGCACUAAUGGCCCUCAUCAUUCAACAGCUGCUCAAGACUAUGAGCGGAUUCAGAGACAAGGGACUCGAGAAUUACGCGCUCGUUCACGUACGCCUAAAGUGGAAACUAAUCCGUUGCAUUUGCGCAGAGGUCGUUCUCGUUCAAGAGCCUUUUUAGACAUGGCAGAAAGCUCUUCAUCUGAGGACCAGUGCAGGACUCGCACUCACAUAGGAACUCCUUCCCAAAUGGCAGAAGAUUCGGCAACUACUGCAUUCCGUGGAAGUCACAGUCGCACAAGGGCUUCUCUUAAAAUCCCUAAGGAGUCAGCACCUACCGGAGAACGCGAAGGCCGCUCUCGUACAAUAACUACGUCCACAAUAGUCGGAGAUUCGGCUAAUGUUGAUCUGCGUAAAAGCCGCUCUCGGACAAGGGACUCUCUCAAAAUCUGCAAAGAUUCAGCAUCUAUUGAAAUUCACGGAAAUCGCACUCGCGCAACAAUUCCAAAAGUGGACGAACGUUCCCCUCCUACUGAACUGCGCGGACAUCGCUCCCGUAGAAAGCCUUCCCUUACAAUAGACGUAGAUUCUGCAUCUAACGAAUUGCGUAGAUGCCGCUCUCGUAGCAGCACUUCUCAGAGAAUGAUCAGGGAUUCGGCAUCUGUUGAACUGCGCACAAGUCGCUCUCGCAUAACAACGUACAGAAAGGCUGAACAUUUGGUAUCUCCUAAAGAGCGUGGAACGCGAUCCCGCACAAGUACUUCUUGCAGAGCAUCCGAAGAUACAUCAUCUACAGAAGCUCGAAGAUGUCGAGUUUUAAAAAGAUGUUCAGGAACGGACUUUAAUAUGGGCGGGACCCGUUCAGCAGUGCACCAACAGCAAAAUCGUUAUGAGCGUCUUAAAGACAUUGAUCGUUUGGAAUUAGAUAUUUCGUGUAUUGCAAACCGUACACGCAAUCGCGCUGCUCUAAAGGAACAACUGAAAAAAUAACAAAGUUAUACUUUUACAAAUUAUUUAAAGAAGUAGGUUUGAAUAUUUUUUCGUUUUUAUUAUUAUUCUCUUAAGGUUUGAAUAUGUUUUCGCUUUUAUUAUUAUUCUUUAAAUUUCAUUGUAAAAAUUUGAAUCUAACAUAAGUUAAAGAUGUAAAGAUAUUUAAGUUCUUAUUUUAGUAUUUCACAUAUUUAAAAGGCUUCAGUAGCAAAAGCUGUAGUCUGAUUUCUAUGUCA